AUGUUCAUUACAUUAAUGCGUUACUUUAGACAAAAGUUUGGUAAUGAUGCGCCCAACAUCCUUUGGCUCAUUGGUCUAUACUUGAUACAGGGAAUACCACUUGGACUCACAUUUGGUACAGUCCCAUUCUUCUUGCACAAGUCAGCGACGUACACACAGAUUGGCAUAUUCUCAUUCGCUACACUACCUUAUAGUUUCAAGAUACUUUGGUCACCAUUAAUUGAUAGUAUAUACAAUAAGCGAUUCGGUCGUCGCAAGUCAUGGAUAGUGCCCACACAACUGGUCAUCGGCACAAUAUAUCUCGUCAUUGCCUCACAUAUUGAACAGUUGAUCGAGGAUUCUACAACGCACAUCUGGACACUGACCAUUGUGUUCUUGGUCACAAUCAUAUUGGUUGCCACACAGGACAUUGCUGUGGACGGAUGGGCACUCACCAUCUUGUCCAAGAAGCACCUUCACCAUGGCUCAACGUGUCAGACCAUCGGCCUGACCACUGGCUACUUCAUUUCCUACACGAUCUUCAUGAUACUCAACUCGUCAAAUCUUGCCAAUCACUUCCGCGCGAUCCCCACAGAGGAGGGCCUCGUCUCACUAUCCGGUUACAUCUUCUUCUGGGGUGUAAUCUACAUUGUUGUCAGCAUCUACUUGGCAUUGUACAAACCUGAGAAUCCACCUGCAAUAGACGAGUCUGAGACACAGGCACAGGAGGAGGUGGAUGACGCAUCGAUCAGCCAUCAAUCAAAGGAUAGUGAUGGAGAUGAAGAGGAGUCGAUCGAAGACAUAUCAUCACAAUUGGAACCAUUGCAAAUUUAUAAGAUGUUGUAUCGUAUUGUAUCGUUGCCGCAUAUCCAGACACUUUGCAUAAUGUUCAUUGCUAGCAAGAUUGUGUUUCAAUCGAAUGAGACAAUGUCACUGCGACUUAUGGAGAAGGGCAUGGCCAAAGAAGACCUUGCCACCUUCUCACUCAUUGGAUUCCCCUUCACCAUUCUAUUCUCAGUGCUUGCUGGCAAGUUGGUCAAAGACAAGCCACUAUCUUUGUGGACAAAUGCAUAUUUAUUAGGUAUUCUAUGUAUGUUCUGUAAUAUGAUGACUGUAAUAUACUUCCAGAGAGGCUGGAUGUACUACAUUGUGCUUCUACUCUUCUCCCUCCUAACAUCAUUUGUCCACACAAUGAUGAGUGUCUCUCAAGGAUCAUUCUUUUUGAAGAUAAGUGACAAGGCAAUUGGUGGAACAUAUCUCACAUUCUUGAAUACUAUUGCCAACUUUGCAGGUACAUGGCCAAAGUUCCCAGUGCUCUAUAUCAUUGACAAGUUAUCAAAGAAUGUCUGUCGCGUUGGUAGCACUGGCGAGGAAUUUGUACACAACAGUCUGACAGAGGUGAUCGUAAAGCAAUGUGAAACGCUUGGUGGCGUAAUGGAAAACAUCAGCGACGGUUACUUCAUUGUCACCGUUAUAUUCAUUGGUUAUGGAUUGUUCAUGUAUCGCAUGCUAAAGUCCAAGUUUGUGCCGAUCCAGUAUAUCAAGCCAAUGCCAAUCGUCACGUCGCCCAAAGUGAUGCAUCAUAAAUAG